ACUUUCAUUUCCUCUUACAAGAGCAGGCAGAGGGAAUAGUGUUGAGAGUGGGAACUGGUACAGCCUAGUUGGGCUUUGGACCUUGGGUGAAGCAGUUCUGACAUGAGGCUGGCUGUGCUUUUCUUAGCCUUGCUGGGGCUACUAGUAGCCAAAGGAAAUGACUGUCCUCACAAAAAAGCAGCUACUCUUCUGCCAUCGUUCACGGUGACACCCAAGACUACAGGAAGCACAGUGAACCCCACUACGACCAGCCACAGGCCCACCACCACAAGUCAUGGGAACGUCACAGUUCAUCCAACAAGCAAUGGCACUGCUACCAGCCCUGGACCCACAACUGCCAGUCAGAACCCUGCCAACACCACCAGUCAUGGGAACGUCACAGUUCAUCCCGUCACCAGCAAUACCAGUCCAGGACCACUUCCACCCUCUCCAAGUCCUAACCCAGGCUCUAAGGGGGCUAUAGGAAACUACACGUGGACUAAUGGGUCCGAGCCUUGUGUCCAGCUUCAAGCCCAAAUUCAGAUUCGAGUCUUGUACCCCACCCAGGGUGGACAAAAGGCCUGGGGCAUCUCUGUACUGAACCCAAACAAAACCAAGGUCCAGGGGGACUGCAGAGGUACCCAGCCCCACCUGAUUCUCUCAUUCCCUGAUGGACAGCUCACCUUUGGAUUCAAGCAGGACCUGGAGCAGAGCCGUGGAGUAGUCUACCUCAAUUACAUGGCAGUGGAGUACAAUGUAUCCUUCCCCCAGGCAACAGAGUGGACGUUCUCAGCCGAGAAUUCAUCCCUCCGGGAUCUCCAAGCACCCCUGGGUUGGAGCUUCAAUUGCAAAAAUUCGAGCAUAGCUCUUUCUCCAGCUGUUCACCUUGACCUGCUGUCCCUGAGACUACAGGCUGCUCAGCUUCCCCACACAGGGGUCUUUGGACCAAGUUUCUUUUGCCCCAGUGACCAAUCCUUCUUCCUGCCUCUCAUCAUUGGUCUGGUCCUCCUCGGCCUCCUCCUCCUGGUGCUCAUUGCCUUCUGUAUUUCCCGGAGACACCCAUCCACCUACCAGCCCCUCUGAACAUUUCCCCAGCCCCCCAGGACACCAAGGAACACUUCCAUGGCCUCAACAUGACCCAAAGACAAAGUUAGGGGCUGGGGAGAUGGCUAAGGGGUUAGAGGUGCUUACUUGCAGAGCCUGCGAGCCUGGGUUCAAAUCCCCAGCCACCCACAUACAUAAAGCCAUUCAUUUUCAGGGCCAAGAGCAGAGAACCACACA